GGAGGAAGGGUUCGAGACAUCGCUGCCAUGCUAGAAAUGUCCACAUUAGGAGGCAGAGCCAAAGGAGCUAGCAGGAAUUACUUACAGGCGAGCCCGGACAUCCUCAGAUGAAACCAUGACUCUCUGAGUUCAGACGAAGAGAUCCAGAGUCGCCAUCACACCAUCAGCGGCCCCUUAACUGACUACGAGAUCCCCAUUGCACAGCAAGAGGGCACAGAACAAGGCGAAGUUACCAAAUCUCUGCGAAUUACUGAUGAACCAAUGGAAACACUCCCUGAGAGACCAACCCCAGAGCCCCGCCCCCGCUCCAUGCUCACUCAAGAAGAGUGGUCACGUGUGGAUGCCACGGCAACCUUGAGGAGGCCCCGCACACCUCACGACUCGAGCAGCGAGAGGGUCCAGCUCAACGAGACCAGCACUGUGAGACGACGGCCAAAAGUAAUAGCACCCACUCAGAGGGAUGAUGCGACAGAUGCUGCUAUUCGUGUAAGACCUGUAUCAGAGGUGGAACAUGUAUAUCGGGAAAGUGAUAUGAGCGAGGAUUUCCGGCGAGCGCUGAAGCCUCCAGUUUCCCCCAAACCAUCUUUGGGCCUCAGGAAGCCUGAGCCUCCCACCCCAACCAGGAGAGUCCCACUUCCAGGACCGGAGAACCAACACAGCACAGUGGAGGGCAAAAGAGUUCCACCGCCUGUGUCUCCAAAGCCAAGCCCUCCUCCUACACUUCCUAAACCAAUCAAAAUUAAGCCCUUACCAACACACACACUUACCCCACCCAGUGACCUAAACACACACCCACACUCCUCUACCAUUCUCCCUGAGCAAGUGGAUCAUCCUAUACUCAGUCCAUCAACCCCGACCCCCCAAACCAGCAGAAUCUCACACUUUGUCCCCACGACCUUUGACAUCUCCCGCUCAGAGCCCCCAAACCCCCCAAACUCCUUCUACCCCUGGGUGCGGAUCUGCCCCAGUCAAACCCCCGAGAUCUUCCAUGGCAGGGCUGUCAGUGGACAUUCCCAGCCCUUUUGAGGCAGAGCCACGAGAGGUGGAAAAACACAACGAGGAUGACGAGCAAAAGAGACAAAGGAAAGAGAUAGCAGUGAUUAAGGGGCAAGAGAUGGGAACUUCCAGCGAGGUCACAAAGCUGACAGAGGGAUCAGAGCAGGUGCUGAUGAGGUGGAGGAAAGUGGGUGUGGCCAGACAGAUGCAGAUCGAAGGAGACAUCGAAAGCACAACAGAACAUGGUGUUGUAACUGCAGAUGAAAUUCGACAGAGGGCGCCAAAUGUCAGCGGAACGGAUGAAGGCAGAAUUCAUGGAGAAGAAGAAAUAAACCAGCUAAGGCUGGACGAGACCAGUGCCUCCUUAGCUGCAGCACUGGAGGUUGUAGAGGAAAGGAUCAUGACCGAAGACAAGUAUUUUUUAAUUCAUCAUUAAAUAUUACAAUUAAUAAUUAUUAGUUGAUACUAAUUAAAAUGAAUAAAUAUUUUCAAAUCCCACCUUGUGUUUUAAAAGCACAGUCAACAUUCUUGAUGAUAUUGGAAGCAUGUUCGAUGACCUCGCUGACCAGUUGGAUGCCAUGCUGGAUUAAAAAAGAAAAAGAAAAAAAAAGCACAAAAUAAAUCGUAAACAGAAAAGCACAGCAUCGUCUUCAUCUGAGCGCCUGAUCUGUUUAAAGCCACGCUUCAAUGAAUAAACGAAUAAACACUGAUUAGUUGAUCUUAUCAAGGAUUUUUUUUUUUUUUAAAAAGGACCUACUGGAAGGCAGAGGUCUUGGGUUUAAAUUGUUAAAUCCAUGAAACAUCGACAUCAACAUCGUUUGGUGAAGGUUUUGGAGCCAGGAUGUACGGACUGUUCUCAUGCUGCUUCCAGAGAUAAGCACAAUUAAAUGCUAACAAACUAUUUAAACAUUGUUAAGGUCAAGAAAUGCUAGCAAUGUGUCAGAGUGUGUGUGUGUGUGUGUGUGUGUUUCUAUGUGUGUACUAUGUUUGGGCUUUCCUUCACUGGCGAUCGACAUUUGUGUAUUCAUUUUUCAAUAAUAAUUGGAAUCACCAUUUUUGUGCUUUAAUGUUGAGUUGGAUACCCAGCUACGACGUUUUCAAAGGGGAACACAGGACAAAAUUUUGGAGGGAAACCCCCCCCGAUUGAUAUGUUAAGGAAUACGCUAAAAGUCGAGGAACAUUGCUAACUAGCUAUAAGAAAAACAAAAACAAAAGUAGGACAAGCUAUUUAAUGGGUUCCCCUUUGAAUCCAUAUUUAAAGCAAAAAAAAAAAGCUGAAAUAUUGUGACCCUUAUGUUGUCACCGUAGUUGUUCGUGCGUGUUUGUGUACUUCAUCGACGAAUCCCGAUUUUCAGCCAAUAGAGUGGUGUAAACUAUAAUUUAUCAUUUAUAAAUGCUGCGUGAUGUAGUGUAAAUGUGACAUAUAGAUUACAGCGUAGGAUUUGGAAUGCAACAAGAGCCCCUCCAGUCCCAUUUAAUGUGAACAAGAAUUACGGGCCGUAUUCAGAGUCCAGAAUUCAUGCAGGGAAAGUUACUCCUAUUCAGAGUCGAGUUAUGACUUGCUCUCUGUGUGCCAUUCAGAUUAUUCGAAUCCCCUGUGUGUCGUUAAUGCCUUUGAGGUUGCCAGGUUUUUCUUGAGCAGAGACGUUUUUCAAUUGCAUCUAGACCACCACCUUUAAACCUAUAAAAUAAAAAAACCUCUGCACUCUUGUUUCAGCAGCUUAUAGAAUAGCACUUGAUCCAGUGCAUGCUAUUAUUUAGCUUUUUAUUUUUAUAUUGUGCGCCGACAGUUCAUUGUGUGCACAACUUAACGAGAUACUAAAUCGAGCUCAUGAAAUGUGUCCUCAUGUGGGAAACAAUCGCAAACCUGUGUUUUAGGCUCCUCUCCAUGUGCAUAACUCUUGUGUAACUUCCAAGUAGCCUGCGAUUCUCUCUGAACGAGCAAUUUCAACACUCUGAAUACAGCCCUCUGUGUGUUUGGGGUGUGUGUGUUUUCGGGGUUGGGUGUGUGUGUUUAAGAUGCAAAAUGAGAUGAUGUUUUUAUGAUUUUAUGUUUCGCAUAUGCAUUGGCCCAUUGGAGAGAGCUUGCAGUCAAGACAAUAGUGGCCAAAAGAACAUUAUUUAGUGUAUAUGUUAUAUAAUUGCAGAGCAAUAUUUCUAUCAACUCUCCAUGUUGGUAACUUUUAGUUUUCUGACAAUCCUUUAUCAUGUUUGAUUAAUUCUGCUGAAGGUGGACAUUUAGAGAGUUAAACCUUAUAUCCUGUAAAAAAAAACAAACAAACAAAAAAACUAACAAAAGUCUAUGUAAUUAUUCGAGUUAUUUUGUGUACAUGCUCAACUGGCUAAUGUGUUUGACCCUGGUGAAAUGAUCCUUGGAGAUCCUCUUCCAUGUAAAGCAUAUUGAGAGUAUGUGGAAGUACGAUAAAUAAACUUUAUGAAUAACGGACACAAAGCGCAUUCAUUUAUUUAUUUAUGCAUUCAUGUUAAAUCAGGUCAGAGUCAUGGUGGAAUGCACCCUGGUCGAUAAGAAAUAACAUUUGUUAAUCAAUUGUCUCCACACUAUCACAGUCGCACCAAACAUCUGCAGUCAUUCCUCAGACAUAACAUCCUUCUCUCUUUUAAAAGAUCUCCUUUCCAACCCCUGUGCACAUCGUCAGCACGUCCGAUUAAGGCAGAGCGAUCUGUGAGAGCGGAAAAGGGAGAGAGUGAGAGAAUACACAUGCACAGUACGUCUUCUGACGUAACACCCCAUCCAUAAAAGUCAAAUUCAUUUUGAUUACAUUACUCAUCUACUCAGCAUGAGCUCGAGAGAGUGCAUCUGAUAAGAUAUUUUCUGUAGCCAGUAUUCUGUAUUUUCUGUUUUGGUUAUUUCCUAAAUGUCUCAACUACACUUAUUUCCCUCUUUGAUUUCAUUCAGUACAUUAGUGCCUAUGGAAUGGGCAGCUUGCACAUCUGGAAAGGCACCAACAAUGCUGAAAGGUAUAUACAGGUUUUAGAGCAACAUCUGCUUCCGUCCAGAUUCCAUCCCAUCUUUUCAUCUGAAAGACUCCGCCUCUCUAAGAUCCUCUUUUUAUACCCAAUCAUCUCACUGACCUGAUCCCAAUUAACCUCCAGCUGUUUCUUUUUUAGUAACACUUACUUUUCCAGCCGUUUGUUGCCCCGUCCCAACUUUUUUGAGACGUGUUGUGGCCAUCAAAUUCAAAAUUACCUUCUUUUUUAUUUCUUAAAAUGGUACAUUUGCUCAGUUUAAACAGUUGAUAUAUUUUCUAUGUUCUAUUGUGAAUAAAAUAUGGGUUUAUGAGAUUUGCAAA